AUGAUCUUCUUCAUAGACAAUGUGCGUAUUAGGAUUCACAAGAAUCAAGAGGACUUUGGUGUGCCAUACCCUAAAACCAGACCAAUAAAGGUCUUCUCGGGCCCAUCGAUUGCGGACGAUUGGGCCAUGCAGGGAAGGCUGCCUGCUAGUUUCGAGCCUAUGCAAGAAAGGCUCGACGAAAGGGGGAAAAGGAGGCUCAGGUGGGUUCAGAAGAGGUACAUGAUUUACAACUAUUGUAAGGAUUUGAAGCACUUCCCUGAGGGUCUACCACGUGACUGCAAGCCUUGA